UGUUGACACACAGACGCCUCCACACACCUUGACCAAUCACGCGCGGCUUUAGGAAGAAAAGAAAAAAAACACCGAAAAAACAACUAAUCGGCUCCCAAUUAGGAGCCGUCUCUCUUCGUUCACAUAAAAGAGCCGGCUCUUUGAGCCGGGUCGUUCGCGACCGACACAUCACUAGAAAGCAGCCGUUGUUCAUUCAUACUGUGUAACUCUUGCUUGUGUUUCCCAUCAUAAACCAGAGGGCUUAAAACCCCCUCCACCUCUCGUCGGUGUGUCCUGACUGUGACGCGCUGUCCUCAAAUAUUGGGUUAAUCUAGCCACGACUUACAACAGAGCGCAGACGUGCGACAGUCCACAUCUCUCGGUUUUCCCUAAGUGGUGCCAUUGCUUUUUUUUUUCCUUUUUUUUACCAGUUCUACGCAUGAUCCCCGUGUGCGCCGUUUUCUCCUUAGACUUUCAAGACUUUUUGGUCAUGCUACUAAGAAUUCAAUACACUCAUAAACUGUUGCAACCGCACUGAUUGAGUCUUCUACCUACGUGCUGUUCCCAUGGCGUAUCACCCUUUCCAAGUCCAUGGAGCAGACGCCUCCUCUCUGCCAGGGUUCGUUCCCAGCGCGCAGCCCUCCUUCAUCCCCACGCUGACUCUCCUGGACGCCGCCUCGUUCUCCGACCCCCGGUUGGAGCGGACAGCCACGGACGCACGGUUGCGCGCAGCUCUUGAGCUCCGGAGUCGGCCAGUGCACCCGCGGUCCAUGAAAAGCGUGAAACAACCCGAGCAAUGGCUGGAUGACGAACCGAAAGUCACGCUGGAGUCAAAGGAUCUGUGGAGUGAAUUUCACAAGAUGGGGACUGAGAUGGUUAUCACAAAGUCUGGGAGGAGGAUGUUUCCGCCCUUCAAGGUGUGUGUGGAUGGACUGAAUGAAAGUGCAAAAUACAUCCUGCUGAUGGACAUUGUCGCUGUUGACGACUGCCGCUACAAGUUUCAUAACUUCCGGUGGACGUUGGCUGGAAAAGCCGACCCGGAGAUGCCAAAACGUAUGUACAUCCACCCAGACAGUCCGUCCAAAGGGGAGCAGUGGAUGAGCAAGCCUGUUGCUUUUCAGAAACUUAAACUUACCAACAAUAUCUCGGAUAAGCACGGCUUUACAAUCCUAAAUUCCAUGCACAAGUACCAACCCAGGUUUCAUAUUGUGAGAGCCAACGACAUUAUGAAGCUUCCAUACAGCACCUUUAGGACGUAUGUUUUCCCAGAGACUGAGUUCAUUGCUGUUACUGCCUAUCAGAAUGAAAAGAUAACGCAGCUGAAAAUUGACAACAAUCCCUUUGCCAAAGGGUUCAGAGAUACUGGAAAUGGGAGACGAGAGAAAAGGGGCAAACACUUUAGCAAAGCAGACCAGGACGAUGCUGAUUCUGAUGACUCAUCUGGACAACCCAGUGCCAGUGAACCAUUUUAUUCUCCUCUGGAAUUGGUCAGCAGCCCUCUGAUGACCACACCAACUUGUCAAGAUGCGAAAGAUAGUAAAAGUGAUUCAGAUAUUGACCUUGAAGAUGACGAUGUUUUGAAAGCCAACCUUCCCAGGACUGCACAUACAUUAACUAUGACCCUGAUGAAUGAAGAUGUUCGGGAAAACAUCGCUGAUCUUAGUAAAUGCAACAACAAUAGGGAUGGAUCAAAGGAAAUGAUUAUUCACAAAGCGCAUGAUGACAGUCAAUACUUUAUGGAAUUAGGCUCUUAUGAAAACCAAAAGAGUGUAAUCAAAGAUGGUGGGAUACCUACAAUGUUGCAAUCACAUAGCUCAACCUGCCUCAAUAAUUUUCACUGUCCAACGUUGGAUUUCUCAGAUUUGUACCACCAACCAUUUGUUAAGGUGAGAGCAUCUUUGCAACAAAGACAACUAGCAAUGACACCAAAGCGUUUUUCCUCUUCAGGUGUUGGACCUAGCUUUACCCCUUUGCCUGGAAUUAAUGACUUUGAAAAAGGAUUUCUGUUAUCUCAAACUAUCCAGUCAGCUCCAUUUCCUCUGUCACAGCACACUUUGGAAUCUCAGAGAGUCUCUCUGUCACCGUCUCUUUGUGGUGUAGCGGGGUCUGCUGAUGGAAUGUCAUCGUAUCCAUACCACUGUGUGGCACCAAUAGGUGAGAGUGUUACAGCUCUCCCAACCUGUUCUGCCACAACAUCCCUUUCUGGAAUCCGUCUUUACAGAAAACCUCAGCCUUGGUUGAGAUUAAGUCCAUAUCAGAUCCCACCAUCCUUCACUUCUUGCCAAAAUCUCCUAACCACCAGCUUGCCUGGAAGGUCACCUUCACAACCUGAGCUGUCCAAAUCUGGAAGCAAAGACAGGAGUUUGCCAUCUGGACGUCAUAGUUACCAAGCAAAGGCCAUGCACAAGACUGUUUCCCCUAUUGUUAUGGGAUGUGCUGAUAAAAUACAACACAAUUUAAGAUUUGGAAAGUUUCAUACGAAUAGCGUCUAAAAUAAAUAACGCAUAAAAUACAA